AUGAAGAAUGAGCUAGAAAUUUACAAAGAAAAGAAUGUGCAACAGUCAUUCCACAUAAUGUCCCUGAAAGAUGAUAUCAAGGAUCUAGAAGAACUUAUUGCUUCUCUAACCAGAAUUAAAUCUUUGAAAAACAUCAAUAUUCAGAGUCUUGAAAGAGGCAACUGGGAUCUAACUAGAAGAAUUAUAGAACUAGAAAACCUUCUAAGAGUACAUCUGAUUGAAAGAAAAAAAGCAGAGCGAAAAGUAGACCUUUUGGAGAAAAAGUUAGCAGGUGUUAACAGAUUCACCCCUUAUAUGAGUAUGAAAGAACAAGAAGACAGUUUCAUGAUGAAGGACAAAGAUGAAGCUAUCCUGGUCAAGAACUUUGAGAGAGACAACAUUUUUCACUCUGAAGGACCAAAAGAUGGACAGAAAAUUUGGGAUAAAUGUCAACAAGAUUUGAUCCAUAAGGAAAAACAAUUACCUGAGUUAGACAGACCUCCGUAUUCAUUCAGAUGGGAAACUAAAACUGUGCCAUCCCUCUAUUGGAAAUUCCUCAGUCAGUUGUCUACUCUUCCCAGCAACAGUGUUGAACCCAUACCAGCCACAGAGGAAGGUGUGAAAGGGAGCAUUCAGGAGACUGGUACAAAUGAGCAAUCUUGGAAGUCCAGAGCUGAAGGCCACCAGCAGGAAGUUCAGAUGCUCACUAAGCAAUUGGAGAAGCAGUAUCAUCACUGUGAAGAAACUGCUGGAGAAUCAUCUGACACUGAGGAAAAGUAUAAGGAACAAAAAAGACCCUUGAAAUGUCUGAAAGGAAAAAUUGCUAUUAAUGAUCUUUUUCCCGGGAGAUUAGACUUGGACAUGAACAAAGAAAACGCCCAGACUAAGAUUUCCCAGAUGGAGCAUGGCAAAACAUUCAAGCAGCUAGAGAAAGACAACAAGCAAGAAACAUUACUGAAAAUUCAGCAGAAUUUGAAGGUUGUUACAACUCAAAGAUUAGAGGAGAAUAUUCAUAAACUUCAGAAACAGCUCAGUGACUUUAAAUUGUCAAAUAAAACUAUGAAAACUCAACUGACAAGAGUAAAUGUCCUUAAAGACAAAACAAUUGAGAAGCUCAGGCAAUCUUUAACAAAAGUUGAAGCAAUGAAAGGGAAGGCAGUUAUGGAAACAGACUUGGAAACUACAGUAGACUCUGCUGAGCAAGAUGCAAGGUGGGACAAAGAGAGGGCCCAUCAAAUGUUAGAAACGGUCACUCCUGAGCUCUGCACAGCAAAGAGCACACUUGAAGAAGUACCGGGACAACAAGAAGAGCUUGUUGACUUUUGAGAAACUAUUAAGAAGAUGCUGGGAUUUAACAUGAAAACAGCAGACAAGAAAAUCAUCAAUCACCUAAGGCUUAUUAUACAAGUAUAUGAAGCCUCUGACAAAUCAAACAUUGCUUCUGCGUGUGAGACUGGAUAGGAUAAUGAAUAAAGAAUUUCUGCCAACCAGAACUCAGCAGACAUGGACAUUUCCUCCAGCAUCUUGAAUAUGGCUACGUUAUGAA